AUGUCUGAUAAUUUGGAAUUAAAUGAAUUAUUAAUUCAAAAUGUUAGUAAAUGCCCUUUGAUUCAUACAAAAAAAUCAAAAUCAUUUAAAAAUAAUAAUAGAAAAAGAAAAGCUUGGGAGGAUAUAAGACAAUCGAUUUACGCAAAGUUAGGAAUUAAUAUGACUGUUACAGAAGUAAAAAAUACUUGGAAAAAACUUAGAGAUCAAUACCAAGCUGAACGUGCAAAAAAAAAUUUGUAUAUUGCUUCUGGGUCUGGGGCUCCAGAGGAAGACUUUGAAUUUCCCUAUUUCAAAACUAUGAAUUUCUUGGAGGACACCCCACGUCAUUCUAAGAACGUAUAUAGUCCUUCAAAAUUUUAAAUGCAAUUUUGGACAUAAAUUUUUUUUAGUAAUAACAGGCCUCGGAUCGACUUCAAGACGCAAAAAAGUGACUGAUCUCUAAAUUUUAAUUAGAAACUUUCAGAAAAAUAAUUUCUAAAAAUUACAACUAUAACCUUUACAAAAUUAAA